GGCGGCGGCGGCGGGAACGGGUUCUGUCUUGUUGUGUUCCUCGUGUCCUUGUCCCAGAGACCGGGGCUGGGGGGUCCCUUUGUCCUGACAAGGGCGCGAUGUCGGCGCGGCGCGCGCUGAAGGCCGUGCUGGUGGAUCUCAAUGGAACCCUCCACGUCGAGGACUCGGCCGUGCCAGGAGCCCAGGAGGCCCUCAAAAGGCUGCGCAGUGCCCCGGUGACCGUCCGGUUUGUGACAAACACCACCAAGGAGAGCAAGAGGGACCUGCUGGAGAGGCUGACGGGGCUGGGCUUCGACAUCGCGGAACACGAGAUCUUCACCUCCCUGACAGCAGCCAGGAACCUCCUGGAGCAGCAGCAGGUGCGGCCCCUGCUCCUGGUGGAUGAUAAGGCCCUGCCUGAUUUCACAGGGAUUGGCACGGAUAACCCCAAUGCAGUGGUGGUGGGACUGGCUCCUGAGCACUUCCACUAUGAGAUGAUGAACAGAGCCUUUCGGUUGAUUUUGGAUGGCGCGCCUCUCAUAGCGAUCCAUAAAGCCAGGUAUUUCAAGAAGAAGGAUGGCCUGUGUCUGGGACCUGGACCUUUUGUGACAGGGCUGGAGUAUGCCACGGACACCAAAGCCACCGUGGUGGGGAAGCCAGAGAAGACUUUCUUCCUGGAGGCUCUGCGGGGCACUGGCUGUGCCCCCGAGGAGGCCGUCAUGAUUGGAGAUGACUGCAGGGAUGAUGUUGGUGGUGCCCAGCAGGCAGGCAUGCGUGGGAUUUUGGUAAGGACAGGUAAAUACCGUCCAGCAGAUGAAAACAAAAUCAACCCAGCUCCCUACUUAACCUGUGAGAGUUUCCCAGAGGCAGUGGAACAUAUCCUGAAGCAGAUGCUGUGAGAAAGGGAACAGCUAGCUUGAAAAAACUUCUGUUUCACACCAUUUCCUUCAUUCUUGCUUCAGAAAUUGAGGUCCCAAGAUCAGUGCAUGCAUGGCAUCCAUCAGAGGCCACCCUGGGCUGUGAGGGGCAGGGGAUCCUUGUGGGCCCAGCACAGUCACACACACAGGGAGUGGUGGCAAAAUUUUCUUACUUUCACUUUUUAAAGAAUACCUGAUGAAAAGCCACGUCUGGGAAGUGUCACCUUCUGCAGAAUAAGUUAAACUGAAAACACUCAAGUAAACAAAGCUCAAACACCAACAGAGCCUCAGUGGGCCUGUAGUGAUUUCACUGAUGUUUCUGUUCUGCUCUGACUUAAAGGUAGAGAUUAUGCACGUUUAGAAGUGAUUCUUAAAUGAAAUUAUCAUCAUUGCUUAAUAAUAACUACUGUGACUGUCUUUCAUUAGAACAGAUCCUGUUAUUUGCUUUUCAAAUUUUACAUAAAAUUAAAAACUGUCAGCAUUUUACAGAUGUUUUAAUUAGAUGCUGUUAUUAAAAAGAAUGAUGCAGAAACAAAACUCUGGUAUUAAAUGCCUUAGAGACUGUGACUUUUUAAAAUUAGGCUUCAGCAGGGUCCUAUUAAUGCUACAGUUGCAAAAUUUCACUGUUGUUGGGGAUUUUUUUGUUUCUUUUUAAUGUUAUGGAAAAAAUCCUUCACAAGCCAUGGGGACAGAUUCCAGUUUUUACAGUUGGUUAGCAGAGUUGUAAAAUGAAAUUUAAUUCUGUAGCGUGCAAUGCUUUUCCUAUGCACUGCAUCCCCCAAUAUGAACCAACUUCGUAAUGACAGUAAAUGGCUUUUCUGGUCCAUUUGCAAACUGUAAUAAUCAAAGUCCUUUACAGUUGUUUUACAGUGCUCCUGUGUGUUAAAUUAUUAGAUUGUAAUUAUGCAUUACUGGAGUAUUAACCUUAUUGAAAAUACAGUUUUGUGUUAAUGAGCCAUGCUCGUUCUUGUUAAACAAAACCAUGGUGAUGAAUGAA